AGAACAGACGCGCGUUUCCAGCGGUAACUUGACCUUGAACUUACUUUAGUAUAGAAACAUUUUUAGAAACGUGUUACUGUUAAUUGUGUGUUUUUAAAUAUAAUAUAGUAUUUCGGUAUAAAAUUAACUUUCUAAAUAUUGUUUAAUUACUGGCUAUUAGUAAUUUUUUUCUUGGACCUUGCUUAUUUCUAAAAUAUUUAUUUGAUUUUGUAAAUAUUUGUGCUUAUUUUGAAUUAAUUUGUGCCUAGUGACUUCUGACUUUAGUCAAAACAAAUACCAAGUUUUACUAUUUGAGUAAAAAUUAAUUCAUUGUCAAUGUUUCUCAAACAAUAGAUAACUUAUCAGUAAAAUACUAACGAAAUAUUUCACACGCGUUAGUUAACGGUUCCACAUUCGUGACAAUUGAAUCGUUUAAUACAAUGUUAAGUGAACUACAAAUUAAACAGGCGUUACUUUGGAUACAGGAAUCCAUUGGAACCUCCAAUUUAAAAGUCAACUUUAAAGAAAGAGAAGACAAUUUGGAAGGAUUCAUGGCUGACACGUUGUUAGCUGAGGUUAUACUGGAAAAUGACGAAGUAUUGUAUCUUUUUAUUAAAAUAGGACGCCUGAAUCUUCCAACUAAAGCUCCAAUAGUAACCGACUGUUGUAAACGAGAAAUUUACUUCUACAGAAAUGUGGUGUCAUCCUAUCAACGAUUUCUACACGAGAAGAACAUAAGUGAGGACUUUCUUUCGAUACCAAAAUGCUACAAAACGCUUCUUAGUAACACUGAAGAAGUAAUUGUUCUGGAAGACAUAAAACGAAAAGGGUAUCAACUGUUUAACAGACGUCUACCCAUGAAUGUAAGUCACAUAAAAAUGGUCUUAACAAGCCUCGCAAAGUUACACUCCAUUUCUUUUGCCCUAAAAGCUCAGAAAUACCAAGAGUUUGCCAAACUUACAGAAAAUUACAGCUCACUGUUGGGAAGAAGCAUAGACAUGUACAGAGAUUCAUUUAAUAAUCGGCUAGAUAAACUUAUAGAAAAAUUCCAGUCUUAUGGAAAACAUACCCAGGCAGAAAAAGUUGAAAACCUAAAAAAAUUAGAUAUUGUUGAUAUUUUACAACGUAUUAUAAAUGAUAAUCCCCAAGAAGCAAUUAUAUUACAUGGAGAUACCCAUAAUAACAAUUUAUUGUUUCAAUAUAAGUUUAUGGAAUUCAAAGAAGUCAUUCUGCCUUGUAUCGCAUAG